AUGGAUUAUCGACAGCGAUGUUUGCGCCGGAUAAGGACUACGUUCACUACAGGCCUCGCAAUUUUCCAACCUGACAGAGGGCUCUCUUGGUUCCAACCCGAGCUUGACUGCUACAACACUCUAACCAAGGCCACCGCAAUGCUGAUCUUUUGCCCCAACUGCAGCAAUGCGCUCACCAUUUCCAAAGCAGAUGCUAGCACGAGAUUUCCCAUGGGAGUCAAUCGUUUUGAGUGCCGCACCUGCCCCUACGAAGCGCCGCUAGACAGAGAAUGGUUCGAAAGCACCAACUUGAAACAGAAGGAGGUCGAUGAUAUCUUUGGUGGUGCCGAGGAAUUUGCCAAUGCCGAUAGCGUUGCCACUCAAUGCCCCGCAGAAGCCUGCAAUGGGGAACGUGCAUACUUCUUCCAGCUGCAGAUUCGUAGUGCAGAUGAACCCAUGACCACAUUCUUGAAGUGUACUUCAUGUGGUGCUCGAUGGAGAGAGAAUUAG